CCAAAACAAUCCCAGCAUGGCGAGCCGCUCAUUGGGCGUGUCUGCUGACGUCACGGCCCUAACCCGGAAGUAGAGUGACAGCUCCUGUCAAAAAUCCUUGAUCCUUUUCGUGGAACAACGAAAGAAAGCCUGCCAAGGCGCCCGGGCUUUGGACAGACACACAGGACGGACACACCUACAGACAGAGAGACCUGACGGACAGAGUCCAGCUGGCUGGCCAUGGCAGCAGCCAGCACGACAGAUGUUUGAGCGACUUUGAUCUAGGGUGCCUGUAGCUGUUUGGGUGUCUGGGCAUUCUGGUCUGCUGGAUUCGUCUCUCUGUGGAUCUCUGGACGUGUCACGUUAAGGGUGGCCAGCCUGACGGAUUGUUGGCCCUCCCCUCCCCGCCCCACCCCUGACUGGUGCCCAGGCCCCACUCAGGUCCUCGCUGCACCAAGGCUGGCGAUGUCCAGAGUCCCGAGCCCCCCUCCCCCGGCGGAAAUGUCCAGCGGCCCCGUGGCUGAGAGCUGGUGUUACACUCAGAUCAAAGUGGUGAAGUUCUCCUACAUGUGGACCAUCAAUAACUUCAGCUUCUGUCGCGAGGAGAUGGGAGAGGUCAUCAAAAGUUCCACCUUCUCCUCAGGAGCCAAUGACAAACUCAAAUGGUGUUUGCGCGUGAAUCCUAAAGGACUGGACGAGGAGAGUAAAGACUACCUGUCACUUUACCUGCUCUUGGUGAGCUGCCCAAAGAGCGAGGUGCGCGCCAAGUUCAAGUUUUCUAUCCUCAAUGCCAAGGGAGAAGAGACCAAAGCCAUGGAGAGCCAGAGGGCAUACCGUUUUGUCCAGGGGAAGGACUGGGGUUUCAAGAAGUUCAUAAGGCGGGACUUCCUGCUGGACGAGGCCAACGGGCUGCUGCCUGAUGACAAGCUCACGCUCUUCUGCGAGGUGAGCGUGGUGCAGGACUCUGUGAACAUCUCGGGCCAAAACACGAUGAACAUGGUGAAGGUUCCCGACUGCAGGCUGGCCGAGGAGCUCGGAGAUCUGUGGGAAAACUCCAGAUUCACCGACUGCUCCCUGUGUGUCGCCGGCCAGAAGUUCCAGGCGCACAAAGCCAUCUUAGCAGCUCGCUCGCCGGUGUUCAGUGCCAUGUUUGAGCAUGAGAUGGAAGAGAGUAAGAAGAACCGUGUGGAGAUAAAUGACGUGGAGCCAGAUGUCUUCAAAGAGAUGAUGUGCUUCAUCUACACAGGCAAGGCCCCCAACCUGGACAAGAUGGCUGACGACCUGCUGGCUGCAGCUGACAAGUACGCUCUGGAGAGGCUGAAGGUGAUGUGUGAAGAUGCUCUGUGCACGAGCUUGUCUGUGGAGAACGCCGCAGAGAUCCUCAUCCUGGCCGACCUGCACAGCGCCGACCAGCUCAAAACACAAGCUGUGGACUUUAUCAACUAUCACGCGGCUGAUGUGAUGGAGACGUCGGGCUGGAAGUCCAUGGUGGCCUCCCACCCCCACCUCGUAGCAGAGGCUUACCGCUCCCUGGCCUCGGCCCAGUGCCCCUUCCUGGGUCCCCCGAGGAAACGCCUCAAACAGUCCUAGUGGUCUGGAGAGACACUCGUGUCCUAACCCUGCUACUUCCUGCUGUACCAGCGACCCCACUGCUCCUCCGUCCCAGUUCUCCUCUUGCUCUGAAAGCACCCAGAGACGCCUAAGACUGACACCCAGGACUUGGCCGUGCAGCUAGGGGAGCUUCAGACCCUCCGCUCCCCUUAACUGUGCCGGACUGAACAGCCACUUACAGGACUGAUGCUGCAGGGGAGGUGCAACACAUCUCUGUAGGGGUGGGGUUGGGAUGGUUUUCACCUUCUUUCCCCCCUCCUGAUAAAAUCUGCUGGAUAGGAACCUGGAAAAGUACGGAUCGCAAGCUUCAAAGCCCCGCGUAUUCCAUGUAUCCUCCAUCUAAGAAUAUUGGAAAGCCAGAACCUCAUUCUGCAAGUCGAUGUUGGAAUGAACUGAUCUAUCGCCUAGAAACAGAAAGGUCAAUGCUGAGUCCCUGUAAAUAGAUUCUUGUGGCAUAUUGUCUUUUUUUUUUAAAGUCCUCUUUUCUUGUACCAUGUCUCGUGUGUUAAAAGCCCAAGCUUUCUUCACGAAAAGAAAAGCGAACAGAGUCAACCAACCAAAAAGUAAAAGACUAUUACUCCUGUUGUUGAUGAUUCACAUCAGUGUUUGUACAAAAUGUUGUUUUUCUAUAGCACAAUCGAUCAGGUGUGCUCUUGAAUAGCAAAAUGAAAAAAAAAAAAAAAAAAGAUUUAUUUUGGCUUGAAUGAAAUAAGACAGCGCUGAACACGUUUUAUUGUUCACACUGUUUGACCUAUUUCUUUAAAAAAAUGUUAAAAAGAAACCUACCUGGACAAAAAAAAUAGCUGUUUUUACCUACCUGUUGACUACAUUCCUCAUGACUGUAAAAUUGUGAACAAUGUUUCGGUCUCUAAACUCAAGCAAAUAAAUCUAUUUUACAUUU